GAUAAACAGUGAGUGGAGUUGUUAAUUUACAGACUGGUUGCGCAGGCAUUCGGUUCACUUCUAUACGCUUCUUUAGACGUACCACAUCAAAUCAUUAAAGAUGUCAAUGAGCCCCGGUGGUCGCAGGCUAAAACAAUGGCUGGUUGAACAGAUACAUAGCGGACAGUACCCGGGACUUUUGUGGGAGGAUGACAGUCGCACUAUGUUCCGGAUCCCCUGGAAGCAUGCUGGGAAACAAGACUACAACCAGGAGAUAGACGCCUCUAUUUUUAAGGCCUGGGCUGUGUUCAAAGGGAAGUUCAAAGAGGGGGACAAGGCUGAACCGGCCACGUGGAAAACCCGGCUGCGUUGUGCGCUGAACAAGAGUCCUGACUUUGAGGAGGUGGCAGAACGCUCCCAGCUGGACAUCUCUGAGCCCUACAAGGUGUACCGGAUUGUCCCUGAGGAGGAACAGAAGACAGGUAAAGGCGUAGCUGCAGUCAUGACUGCUAGCUCUGGAGACAUCACGGACAUGGACUGCAGUCCUGAAGACCUGGAGGAACUCAUUAAAGAGUCCACCAGUGAAGACUACCUAGGAAGAAGUCACUCACCACAAGAGGAAGGCAGUAGGAUCCAGCCAGGCCUGGAGUACUGGAAUACUGGAGUGCUCAGUGCUUUCCCUUCGCAUUCAGAGUCUUCACCUGUGGGACCCUUUGGCACAGCUUUCUCCCAGUUGAUGAUCAGUUUCUACUACGCCGGCAAGCUCAUGCACACCAUGAUGACCUCCAACUCCGAGGGCUGCCGGCUGUGUCCGGGGCUGCCUCAGCUGGCCCACAGCGCCCCCUACGGGCCGGGCAGCAUGCAGACUGUGUGUUUCCCUCCAGCUGAGCUCAUCGAAGCGGAACGCCAGCGGCAGGUGACCCGCAAGCUCCUGGGCCACCUGGAGAGAGGGGUGCUGCUGCGGUGCAACCGAGAGGGCGUGUUCGUCAAGAGGCUGUGCCAGAGCCGGGUGUUCUGGAGCGGUGGCUGCCUGGGGACCCAGUACAGCCCCGGACACUGCAAGCUGGAGAGAGACGCUGUGGUCAAGAUCUUCGACACCGGAAGGUUCCUCGAAGCUCUCCGCCUGUACCAGGAAGGCCAGUUCCCUGCUCCAGACGCCACCGUCACCCUCUGCUUUGGAGAAGAGCUUCAUGACCUCAGCCUGGCCAAAAACAAGCUCAUCAUCGUGCAGGUCACUGCUGUGAACUGCCAGCAGCUUGUGGAGGCGGUGAGCCCCCGGCGCCCCCAGUACCCCAGCCCCCCCCUGGAGGUGUCUGACGAGCUGGCCGGAGACCAGGUGGCCCGCAUCUACCAGGACCUGUGCAGCUACAGCGCCCCCCAGAGGACAGCCUGCUACAGGGACAACAUGCCCAUCACUGCCUGAGCAGACCAGACAGACAGACAGGAAAAAAGACAGACAGACAGACAGGAAGACUGGCAGGCAGGCAGGAUCUAGUUGAUGACAGAAAUAGGAGAAGCAUGGAACAAAGUGAUGAGGGUUUACUGAAUAUGUUUCAUGGUGAAAUGGUGAUUCUAACGCCAAAGCUUCAGAAACUAUUUUCAUACAACAGUCAAUAAAUGUAUAUUUUUCUAUUUUCCUUUUCUUCUGAUAUGUUUUGUACAAGAGUUUAAGUUGACAGCAUUAUUGUUCUAAAUAGUUUGAGCUACAUAAUGGAUAGGUUUUACUAUCCACAAUCAUGUUCUACAGUUUGUAACCAUUGUGCAUUGCCAUUGUCUUUUUAUAACUGGGAAAUAAAAAUCCUGAUUUUCAAUCAA